CCAGUUUGGUAUUGCUGUACUGCAUGUUGGUUAUCUUCUCUUUCCUUCUCUCUCUCUCUAUUGUUUUUUGUUGUGGUUGAUCUUCCUGGUUGGCUGCAGCACCAGCACCACCCUCCAAAUUGUUUUGAGUUGUUGGGAUUUCAUGAUGUCGCAUAAGAGGCACCAGGAGGAUGUCAAGGCCCGGCCAGAUGGGAGUUUUCCUCAGGAUAAGCGUAGGAGGCUUCCUACUCUGAAGAAUGUUGUUAUGGAGGUCAUGAGAAUGCAAUCAGUCCAUCAUUUGCUGGAGCCCAUUCUAGAGCCUCUGAUUCGUAAAGUGGUCAAAGAGGAAGUUGACUUCGCCCUAAGAAAGCAUUUGAACAGCAUGAAACAGACUUGUGGGAAUGAAGUACAAGUUUAUGGGAAUGAUGUUCAGAUGUCUGAGUCAAGAAGCUUACAGCUAAAGUUCGUUAACAACCUCUCUCUUCCGGUAUUUACUGGAGCUCGAAUUGAAGGAGAAGAUUGUUCUAACAUACAAGUAGCUUUGGUCGAUAUUCUGACCGGGCAAAUUGUAAAUUCUGGGUCAGAAUCCUUAGCCAAGGUGGAAAUUGUUGUUCUUGAGGGUGAUUUUGACAGUGAUGAGAAUGAGAAUUGGACGCUUGAAGAGUUCAAGAACAACAUUGUGAGAGAAAGGGAAGGAAAGAAACCCCUACUUACAGGAGACGCGUUUGUAAAUCUUAAAGAAGGCACUGGUUUAGUCAGUGAUAUUUCUUUCACAGAUAAUUCAAGCUGGACGAGAAGCCGUAGAUUCAGGCUAGGUGCAAGAGUUGUCGAAAACAUUGAUGAAAGGAGAGUAAAAGAAGCAAAGACAGAAUCCUUUAUUGUCAGGGAUCACCGUGGAGAAUUGUACAAGAAGCAUCACCCUCCUUCACUGUUUGAUGAAGUAUGGAGGUUAGAAAAGAUCGGCAAAGAUGGAGCUUUCCACAAGCGUUUGAGUCGAGAAAACAUCAACACCGUGAAGGACUUUUUGAUCCUACUCUUCAUAGACCCUCCCAGACUCCGAAACAUCCUUGGCACAGGCAUGUCAGCUAAGAUGUGGGAAAUCACUGUGGAGCAUGCUCGGACAUGUGUACUUGAAAAGAGGAUGUACGUGUACUGCCCUCCAAGUUCUCAACCGAAAACUGGUGUGGUCUUCAACGUUGUUGGACAAGUGAUGGGACUCCUUUCAGAGUGCCAGUUUGUUCCGGUUGAUAAGCUUUCAGAAACUGAGAAGGUUGAUGCCCACAACUUGGUAAUUUCUGCAUUCGAACACUGCGGGGAAGUCAUCGCUUUUGAUGAUGAAGCCUCUCUUGUGGAUGGCUCUUCACACAUGAACACUGUGAGCUCACCAAGGACAGAGAGUUCUAAUGGGAGUAAGCUUCUGGCUUCUCACAAGACUAGUGGGUUUGAUUUUACACAACAAAGCGCCUCUUCUCCGGAUAUCAUUUCAUCCAUCUAUUCUGCUGGGGUCUCUAGUGGCUUGGAUGAUUAUGUCUUGCCCAGUAUUGACAGUAUGGAUCUGAGGUAUGACCACCAGGCUUUAAGUUUCCCAAGCCAAGUCACCAACUCCCUGAUCUGUGACACAGAGUCCAUGUCUCAAGCUUUCUGUGAUGAGGACCAUCUGCAAUUUUUUGAUACUGAUCUUCAGUCUCAGAACCUCACUUUACAAUCGCCAUCGGAUCUCCAGAGUGCCGUCGACAACUUCCUGCUGGCACGUUGCACAGCUGUUGCUGCCGUUGAUAAAGCUCAGAGGAGAUGGACAAAGCUAUUUAGUGUGCUAAAAUGGUUCUCAAUAAGGAGAUGUGUGGCUUCAAAGAGAAAGAGGAUUUGGAAAACUCAGAAAUACAGUAAUGGAUUCUGAAGCAAAUGGAGUAAAAAAAACACCUACUAUUGGUAUGAUUAAACUUGCAAAUAUAGUGUUAGUGAGUGCUGCCGAAAAAUUUUGCGUGCAGUUGUAGUGAGAGAAGUUAGAGGUGUUAUUAGAUGUUAAUACAUCCAUAGUUCCAGGUAUCUUUGGCAGCUGCUGAAAGAUCAGAGAACUCUUUUAUCUGCUUAAAUGAAGUUGUAAAUAUGAGUUGUUUUUCACAGAAUCAGGGCAAGUUUCUGGUAUUGAUUGCUGCUCAAUCAUCGAAGCAGUAAUUCCAGGAUGCUUGCACUCACUAGCAUUUAUGUCCAAUUAUAGUUUUGUAUGAAAUUAUUUGUUCAAUAAUGGUAUUUUCAAAUCUUUGUUCUUCCUUGGAUUAA